UCGGUAGCUGUGGGGACUCCGAUUGCUUGAGUGAGUUGUCCAGGCCUUGCCAAGGGGACUUGCCUCAAGGUGGUACUAGGACAGGAAACAACAUCCAUCAAUUCCCAACGUUGCGCAAAUUUAUAACGACCAGCAGCCAACCCUCACAUCGGUCGAUUGCUGAAAGUCCAGUGUUCCCCAGAUGCCGCGCCACCAGACGCAACCGCCACGAUGAUACUCCAACACGUCCUCGCGCUCCUCGCGGCAGCCGCACCGCUCGCCCUGGCAGAGCCGCAAACCGCCGCUAUCUACAUCCAGCCCAUCUCCUCCUCAACGAUUCCCCCGGCCCCGCUGGCCGAGAUAACCUACGACCCAGCUGAGGCGAGCGACCCGACGGGCCAGGUGACGUCGUUUGAGCCGCCGGAGCUGCCCGAGUCGACAUCCCUCGUGCGAAUUGGCGUGUUCGACGCAGCGGCCGAUGAGUGGCUGUCGUCGACGUCGGUCGCCAGCGUCGACAACUUUAGCAAGGGCUACUCGCCGCAUUUUGUGCUCACCCUCGGGCCGGGUGCGGGUGGCGAGGGACCCGUGGCUGUUAUUGGGGCCGCCGUCAAGGGUGUCAAGGUCGACGCCGGCGCCACCAGGGAUUUUGGGCCGCAGGCGGUCCUGGUGAGCGGUGAGAGGGCGCCGCAGCCUGCGCUGAACCGCCCGGUCGUGCUUAACAAGGAUGGUGCUGGUCGGGCUGGAGAGGUUGAGGAGAAGACGUUUUUACAAAAGUACUGGUGGGCACUGGGACUGCUGGCGUUCGUUAUGAUUACGGGCGGUGGACCUGAUAAAUAGACAGCAUCCUACUAUAUAAGGACAUAUGAUGGCCUGAGUGAUGGGCCUAGUCGGAAUAUAGAACUACUCUUCGCUUCUAUAAUGCAAGCAUGGUUCAUGGGAUUGCCAUUCAGUUCAUCAAGCUCGAGCUCUAUAUGGAAUGGUGAUAAUAUUCCAGUGCAUGUGCUUCUAGCAUACUUUCGUGGAACGGAAGGGAGGCCUAUAUUAGUAAUAUACACCGAUACAUAUAGGGCCAGUUGAUGGGAUCUGAAGUCUUUAAAACAUCUAUGACUUUGGAACAAAUGUCAUAGCAGCUUCUUGGGGUUGGCCUCGUCGGCUCUUCGCGAGAUUCGUGGUUGCCUACAUACCCUACACCGUACUCAUCACGCCACGCAUAUUUAAUGUAUUUAGAGCCAGCAAACUCGUCCAAGCCUUUCAAUUUAUCCAGGCCUUUGAUGCC